AUGCGGGGAUACCGAUACCUUCGAUCAUGGUCUCAACGGCCUUCCCUCGCUACAUGGUCGGCAACGCACAUAAGACGAGGUCUUCUGACAAGUGCCCGGAUCAAAGGACCCCUCGAACCUGCCCUCCUUGAAGAAACUGUCGGCCAGAACUUUGCUCGCAUUGUCUCUGCCCAUGGCGAUCGCAAUGCCGUCAUAUCCAGACAUCAACAAAAACGUUUGACCUACCACCAGCUCGACCUUGACAGUAAUGUCGUGGCUCGGGGACUACAAAGCCUGGGGAUCAAGAAGGGGGAUCGCGUAUGUGUCUCGCUAGGGAACAAUCUCGAGUUUGCGACCAUUACAUAUGCCUUGUUCAAGCUGGGCGCAAUCCUGGUCCCUCUCAAUCCAGCUUUCACCGCAACCCAGAUCAUUUCAGCGCUCAACCACCUGUCGUCCACCCACUUGGUCAUUGGGACCGAAACAAACCUCCCUUUCAAACCUCCACGCUCCAAUGUCUCCCUUCUCCAGGGGCUAGUUCCAGAUCUCACAACCUCCUCCUUAUCCGCUGAGGCAAUACCUUCUUUGAAGAACAUAGUGUUGUUGGACAACUCUACAGGUCGGGUGGACACGUCUCAAUUACGAGCAACCACUCCAUGGUCGUCAAUUAGUCAAGACACGGAUACUACGCUGCCGACACCCUCUGCGCCCUUGUCAAAUACAGAUCUAGUCAACAUUCAAUUCACAUCGGGUACAACUUCUAUGCCCAAAGCCGCAUGCCUGUCUCAUCGUUCAAUUCUCAAUAAUGGAAAUCAAAUAGGGGAUCGCAUGCUCUUGACCCCCGAGGACGUGGUAGUCUGCCCUCCACCUCUAUUCCAUUGUUUCGGUUGCAUUCUGGGGUAUAUGGCGACUGCAACGCACGGUUCGGCAAUCGUCUUUCCUACAGAAGCCUUCAACCCGAUGGCAUCCUUGAAAGCCGUCCAGGAGGAAAAAGGUACAGCAUUGUACGGCGUGCCGACCAUGUUUCUUUCCGAACUUGAGCUCAUCAACGACGAGCAGAUCGUGUACGAAGGAUUUCAAUAUCUGCGCACAGGUAUUGCAGCAGGCUCUUCCAUCCCUGCGGAACUGAUGCGCAAGCUACACAAAACCUUGAAUCUGACCGAACUGACCAUCUGCUACGGUAUGACCGAAACAUCACCCGUGUCAGCCAUGACCACAACCGACGACCCGAUCGAGAAACGCAUCAACACCGUCGGCCGACUUCUCCCCCACGUCGAAGCCAAAGUCGUCGAUCCAUUCGACCACGACAAGGUUCUCGAAAUAGGCGAACGCGGCGAACUCGCAGUCUGCGGCUACCUUGUCAUGCAGGAAUACUGGGGCCAACCGGAGAAAACAGCGGAGGUGAUGAAGACCGACGCCGAUGGCAAGGUCUGGAUGCACACGGGCGACGAAGCCUCCAUCGAUGCUGAAGGCUACGUCAGCAUCACGGGCCGCAUCAAAGAUCUGAUCAUCCGCGGCGGAGAGAAUAUUCACCCUCUGGAGGUCGAGAAUUGCUUAUUUGCCCACGACCAGAUCGCAGAGGUGAGUGUCGUGGGCCUGCCAGACGAGAAAUACGGCGAGGUCGUGGCGGCAUUUGUCAUUCGCAAGCACCAUUUACAUCCUGGCGAGAAGGAAAUCUCCGUUGACGAUGUGCGGGGCUGGGUCCGCGACCGCAUGAGCCAUCAUCUGGUCCCGAAAUAUGUCUUCUUCGUGACUGACUAUCCCAAGACUGCUAGUGGAAAGAUUCGUGAGUGA